AUGUCGAUUGGAGAAACACCCGUUGCCAAUGGGCAAAGCACAGAGAAUGGUCAACCCUCCAAGCCGGAGGACCAGCAGCAGAAACCGGAGUCUGUCAUGGGGGUUUGUGGAAGUACUGGAGGCGAUGACCGCGACGACCGCGACGGACCGCACUCUGGGCCAUUCCAACCAGAGCCAGAGCGCCCAGUACGAGAUGAAGAUCUUUUAAAUGUCGGGUCGCAGUUCAACUCCUAG